CUCAAACGCGGAACUAUCAGAACAAAACAAAAGCAGAGAAAUAAAAACACACGACCAGCGAUUACAUUUAUGAAAUUACGUUAGAAAUGACCUGAAAUGGGUUCUUUUUGUUGGUGUAUACAAGAGUACACACAGAAUAGUACUUGUUUAUUUAACUUUGCCAUGGUUUGGGUGUUUUUAAUAUUCCCGUGAGACAGGAUGUUUAAGAACAUGUUUAGAUCAGGCUGUUUCGUGCGAACUGCUCAUGUCAUUCUGACCUGGCUCACAACCUUAGUGCUGUUUCUGCACAACACAGAUCUCAGGAAAUGUCAGGAGCGAGGUGACCUGUUGCACCCGGUGAUGUUCAGCGCUCUGGUUCUGCUCUCCGUUCUGCUGUACUUCACCGUGUCUCUGAUGGAUCCGGGUUUCGUUCUGUCUGACGACGACACGAAGGUAAACAGGAACGUGAAGUCUGUUUUUAGAAAACAUCUUGCUGAAGUGAAACCUACAGCGAUCUGUGGACUCUUUCAGGGGGCGCCAGUGGUCCGUGAUGAAGAGCUGGAGAAGAUGAUUCCUCAAGAGCAUUGCUCCGUCAAGCAGCGGCGCUGUGGAUUCUGCUUCUUACUGCAACCGAUGAGGGCCCGGCACUGCAGAACGUGCCAGCGCUGUGUGAGGCGUUUCGACCAUCAUUGCCCCUGGAUCGACAACUGUGUCGGCGAGAGAAAUCACAGGUGGUUCCUGCUGUACCUGUGUGUCCAGUUUGCUGCUGUGUGUUGGGCUCUACAGGCUGCAUGGUCCGGCGUGGUGUUCGCCUCCUCCUGGCAGCAGUGGUUCAGUCGGAACGGGUUCUUGCUCGGGGCGAUCGCUGUGACGGGGGUGUUUUCCGUGGUCGUGUUGCUCCUGCUGUGCAUUCACCUGUACCUGGCCUCCGCUAACACCACAACAUGGGAGUUCAUGUCACGCCACCGCAUCGUCUACCUCAAACACCGCGACUCUGAGGACAACCCGUUCGACAGAGGAGUCGUCUGCAACCUGUGGGACUUCUUCUGCGUCUGUAGGACGGUAGCGUGGGAGAGGAUCUACAGCAGACACGCCAACGGGACUGUAUGACUGAUGAUCAUGGGGGAGAAGUUUUUAGCUCUUCAACAUUGAUUGUGUUUUAUUAAUACUAAUGUGAUGUUGUGAUUUACGUUAUGUAGUAAACCUGCAGGGAAUAUGUACUGUAUCUAAUUGAUGAAUGAAGAAUCAUUAUGUGCCAUUACUGGUUGUUCAUUCAUGCUAGCAAUGAGCUAAUUCGUGCUAGCAACAUAUUAACGAAAGCUGCGUCCGAAUUUGAAUAGUUCCCUACUAUAUAGUCUGCCAAAAGAGUAGUAUGUCAGAAUACUUAGUUUUCGAAAAACAGUUGGCGAAAAGUCUUCUGAAGUGUGCAAUGAUGGGCACUUUACUAUCCCAUGAGGCCACAGGAGAGGAUUUAUGAAUGGCAGUGAAGUAGGUCAACAUGGCGGAUGUAGUACGUCCAUUAUGCUACACACACUCAUAUUUUAUUGAACAUACUUUUUAAUGCUUGUGAAGUUCAAAUUCAAAUGUAGUAUCUAUUUAGACAGUAUGUGAUUUCGGAUGUGUUAAAACAGGCUAGCAAUGUGCUAAUUCGUAGCAACAUGCUAAAUUAUGCAGCAUGUUAAAAACAUGCUAGCAACAUACUCAUUCAUGUUAACGUUUAAACAUUAGCUAUGUGUUAAAACAUGCUAGCAAAAUGCUAAAACAUCACCAACAUGUUAAUGUUUACAGUGUGUUAAAACAUUACUUAAUUCAAACUUAAUUCAUGUUAGGGUGACCAAAUUAUUUGAUUACCAAAAACCAGGACACUCGGCCCAGCAAACACAUGACAUGGGCCUUCUCAAAUGAUAGUCGAAGUUUACUCAAAGAUACCUUAUUAAUUUCAAUACAUUUAAAGUAGGUUAUGCCUCCUCUGUAUGGACAGAAAAUUGUUAUAAUAUUGUUAUAUGAAAACAGGACAUGUCCUGGGAAAACAGGACAGUUGGUCACCCUAAUUCAUGUUAAGCAAAGUGACAUGCAACAUGCAAAGUAAUGCUUGACACACUUAACAAUAUGAUAAAACAUGCUAGGAAGCUUAUAAAGUUUUUAAACUUCAAGAGGAUUUGUCAAGCCACCAUCAAAAAUAAGAAAUAAAUUCUCAUGAACCUUACUUUCUAGGUGUCUUUUUUUUUUUUGUUUUAACAAAGUCUGUAUUUUGUUCUUUAAAAAGCCAACUAUUUUCUACUCAUUUGUUGCAUGUUGUACAUCUGUGACAUGAUUCUUUUCCCAUAACAAGGGACAGUUUGUAUGGUUCUCAAGAGUUUUAAUUGGUUUGUGAGGUUAAAUUUAUAUAUGACAAAAUAAACUUUUGCACACAAUGUCG